CAUCAAACACGACGCGCCUUAUAUGCCGCAACAAUGACGGCCACACGACCAUGCAGUUCCCCUGUGAAACUGUCACUGUAUCACGUUUAGUUGAGGACGUUAAUCCGGAAACGUUGAUAUAAUUCAUUGCCAAAAAAUACAGGCAGCUGAGAAAAUAUCAACACCGAAUUUAUUUAACACCAAAAACGUUUUGAUAGCGGGCACAGGGAAUACUGAGGAGGGAGGCUCGCAGUAACCUUAGGCCGGGUAUUAUAUCUCCAGUGCUUCUCAACUAAUCUCCCACAUCGUCCCGGAGUUGCUGCAGUCGAUGCUGCAGUUUUCAGCUCUCUUACUACACGCGUUGUGUGCUGCGACAGCGACUCAAUGAAAGAGACAUGCUCGCCUUCGUUCUCGUUUCUGGGUCUAUCUGGAUUGUUUUAGAGCUGAGUUCCACUCUGAUAGAGAAGAUGCAGGCCCAGGAGUUGCUGCGCAGCUUCCAUCUCCCGGACCUGGAUGAAUUCGGCCAGUUCCUCCGCUCGCUCCCGACUUCCGCCCUGGUGGGCAUCGGGACCCUGGCCGCUGUGCUGGGCUACUGGCUCGCCACGCGUCCCCGUGCCAUCACGCCUCCGUGUGACCUCCAGCGGCAGUCGGAGGAAGUGCAGCACGAGGACGGGGCGCGCCGGUCUAUGCUGGGAGACAGCCCCAAGCUACUGACACACUACCACGAUGAUGCCAGGACCAUGUACGAGGUUUUCCAGAGAGGCCUGCGUAUCACUGGUGACGGCCCUUGCUUAGGCUCCCGGAAACCGAAUCAGCCCUACACAUGGCUGUCCUACAAAGAGGUCAUCCUCCGGGCUGAACAGCUUGGGUCGGGGCUUCUGCACCUGGGCUGCAGGCCGAAGCCGGACCAGUUCAUCGGGGUGUUUGCGCAGAACAGGCCGGAGUGGAUAAUUGCGGAGCUGGCCUGUUACACCUACUCCAUGGUCGUUGUGCCUCUUUACGACACCUUGGGACCAGAUGCUAUUCGCUUUAUCAUCAACACUGCGGAAAUUUCCAUAGUCAUCUGCGACAAGCCGGAGAAGGCGCAGGUUCUGCUGGGAAACGUGGAGCGGCAGGAAACUCCCGGGCUGAAGAGGAUCCUCCUCAUGGAGCCCUUUGACUCCCUCCUCGUGGAGCGCGGCGAGAAGUGCGGCGUGCAGAUCCAGGCCCUGACGGAGGUGGAGGCCCUAGGCAUGGAGCACCACCGGAACCCUCUGCCGCCCCAGCCGGAAGACUUGUCCAUUGUUUGCUUUACCAGCGGGACCACAGGAAACCCGAAGGGAGUGAUGCUGACCCAUGGGAAUGUUGUGGCAGAUUUCUCUGGCUUCCUGAAAGUCACUGACAAAGUCAUUUUUCCCAACCAGGAUGAUGUCCUGAUAUCCUUUCUACCCCUCGCUCAUAUGUUUGAGCGCCUUAUCCAGUCUGUCGUUUACUGUCACGGGGGUCGGAUCGGAUUCUUCCAAGGAGACAUCCGGCUUCUCGCAGAAGACAUGAAGGCCCUGAGGCCGACCAUCUUUCCCGUGGUGCCCCGGCUGCUUAACCGCAUGUAUGACAAGAUCUUCAGUCAGGCUAAGCAUCCAGUCAAGCACUGGCUGCUCAACUUUGCAGCCCAGAGGAAAAGCGCGGAAGUUCGGAGCGGGAUCAUCCGCAGCGACAGCGUGUGGGACAAGAUCUUCUUCAGCAAGAUCCAGGCCAGCCUGGGCGGACGGCUGAGGAUGAUCGUGACGGGAGCUGCCCCCACCUCCCCGAUCGUGUUGGGUUUCCUCAGAGCUGCACUGGGCUGUCAGGUGUACGAAGCCUACGGUCAGACUGAGUGUACGGCAGGCUGCACCUUCACCACACCCGGGGACUGGACCUCAGGUCACGUUGGGGCUCCCCUGCCCUGCAGCUUGAUCAAGCUGGUGGACGUACCGGAAAAGAACUACUUUGCAGCGAAGGGAGAGGGAGAGGUGUGUGUGAAAGGACCGAACGUGUUCAAAGGCUACCUCAAAGACCCCGCGAAGACGGCCGAGGCUUUGGACUCGGGGCAGUGGCUCCACACGGGAGACAUCGGCAAAUGGCUGCCUAAUGGCACGUUGAAGAUCAUUGACAGGAAGAAGCACAUCUUCAAGCUGGCCCAGGGGGAGUACAUCUCCCCAGAGAAGAUUGAGAACAUUUACAUUCGCAGCGAGCCAAUCGCACAGCUGUACGUGCAUGGAGACAGUCUGCAGUCCUGUCUCGUGGGCAUCGUGGUUCCCGACCCGGACAUGUUUCCUGCCUGGGCUAAGCAAAAGGGUUUUGAUGGUUGCUAUGGAGACUUGUGCAAAAAUGCGGAGCUGAAGAAGGCCAUUAUGGAGGACAUGGUGCAGCUUGGGAAGGCCAGUGGGCUCCACUCAUUUGAGCAGGUCAAAGACAUAUACCUUCACGGCGAGAUGUUUUCCAUCGACAACGGCCUGCUGACGCCCACAUUGAAGGCUAAGAGACCAGAGUUGAAAGAGUUUUUCAAGGACAAGAUCGAGGAGCUGUACAGCAACAUAUCCAUGUAAAUCCCAUGAAAUCAACGCCCUGGUUUGUCGGACCUUUAGCGGUGUUGCUGACCACGAACCGUUUGCCCUUAAUUCCUCGUCAGAACUCAGAUAAACAAAAUUAAAUCGGUAAAGGACCACGAUGGAGGAAGCGAUACGAUUCCGUGUUUUUUUUUUUUUUCCACAUUCAUCAAUUAGCAUGGCUUUCGGUGUGCAUGUCAGGAACAGCAAAGCUAAGGCCAGGUUAGACCUGUGUGCAGAGAGUGAUAACUGGACCCUGAGCAAUCCGACUACCCCCCCCCCCCCCCCCGCCGUUUUUUUGGGCACUGACCAAAACGUCACCAUUGCAAAUCCAUAAAUAGCUAUUCUAAAUACAUCUUUGCAGAUUCCUCCCUGUGAGCUUACAAUAAGAGAAAGUCGAAAAGCAGGAGAGAUUAGACUCGGAGCGGCACGUGCUUCGACCUUAGCUGAUAGAGCUGAGUUUGUCUAUGCCUGAGUUCUCAGGCGUGUCUCUGACGUUUUCUUGUGGCCCAGUUCUGCUGGUUCCCCUGGGCUGCAACAAAACUGUGAAAAGCGAAUCCAGCAUCAAAUCGCAAACUUGGGUUAAUGUCGAUUUUUGUACUGUUGCAUUCAUUCCGACCCAAAGUAUUACUAUUUAUUGUUCAUGCACACUCAUGCAUAUAUAUGCAUAAUAAUAAUAUCAGAAUUUAAUAUAUUGGCAUUGGAUUGAAUGGAUUUUUGUGUGUAGUGAGAGGAAUUGUAAUCAUUGUCUGGUGACAGAGAGUGUCGGCACCACAAAACUGUAUGUCGCAUCUACGGAAAUGAAGGCACAUUAAAUCAAAGCCUGAAAUAAUGUCAGGUGAUUUUGAAUCUA